UACUCUCGUGGCCGAGGCGUCUCUCUCAUUGUACAUCGCCAUCGGUAGUCGUCAUCCAAACCCUAAACAUUCAUCAGGAUCUAUCCCAAAUCGGUAUAUACAUCUCGGUUCUCUCUCUCUCUCUCUCUCAUCCUCCUUCGAGAGAAGAUUGAGGUCCAUUCGGCAGGGGAUGCGUUGUUGGAUGGUGGAUUCUUGAUCCAUUGUGCUUAUUCAACUGGAGAAAUGGGCACUGGCGGAGACCUUCUUGAUUGGCUGGGGAGCGAUAUGUCAGUCGCUGUGAUGAAGAAGUUGAAGGAUCCUGCUGAUUUAGUCCGCAUUUCAUCAGUUUCGCGUGCAUGGCGGAGGUUCGCUGUUGCCAAUAGCUUCUGUAAAGAACUAUGUGAGGAACUGUUUCCAGAGACAUCAAUGUUUACUGGAGUGGACAGAUCCUUGGAUGAAGACCCAAUGAUCGGUUGCAGUAGUGCUUUGGAACGGAAAAACCUAGAGAGAGAACACAAAAUUUAUGCAUGUUUAGUUCAAAGCCUCCUGUCUCCUCCAGUAGAUAAGGAGUGUAUACGGCGGCCAAUUGCUGCUUCAAGCACUGAUAACUAUCCAGAAGAAAGCAUUGGCAAAACCCUACAGCCAUGUCAUAAUGAGGGUGAGGGGCCUUCUUAUUGGUCAAGUGAAGGUGAAAGCAACACGGAUGUGCCAGAGACAUUAACGUACUGUUUGAGCUCUCGCUUGUGUGUUAUCUAUGAAGUCAAUGUACAUCCAUUCCAAGCUGAUUUUCAGAUGGGAAGUCCCAUAUACUCAGCUAAGGCGGUGCGAUUUAAACUGGGUUAUCCUAAGGUACCAUUGAGCAUGGGAGAUGAAGUUUUAUUUGAGCUGAUGCCAAAUGACGGAGCUGCUGAUAAUAAUUAUAUUUGGACGUACAUUUCACCAGAAUUUCCAAUGAUGCAGCAAAAUUCCCUGCAAGUUUUUAAGCUUCCAAAGCCAGUCCUUUGCAUUGGAGGAAUCUUGCAGAUAGAACUUUUGGGAAGAGUUCAGAAGCAAGAAAUGGAUGCCUUGUACUACAUAUGCGUUUGCCAUGUUCAAGUCGUGGGUAGGCCGCUGCAAACAUUUGAUGUGGAUAUUAAUGCACACUCGAGGCGUUGUAUCUUGAAGUAUCUUCCUGAAACUGAAAAUACUCCCUACCACCUGAGACGAUCAUCAGAUGAAGCUAUGGAUUCUUCAGGUUGGCUUUCAUUUGCAACGAGGAUUAGACAGAUAAGGGCCACAAGAGGGUGGAACCGGCUUAUCCUUCGAACAUUUCUUGGUAAUGAUGAGGAAUCUGACGAUCAUGUAUCGGAUGAUGAGUGAGCUUGCCUUUCCGUUCUGGCAGGCAUGUUUUGACGGGUCCUGGGUUGGCUUCUAAUUCUGCUGGAGUGACAGCUCGUCAGGCCAUCUUGUAUAUGCGGUUGAGUGGAAGACAAGGAAUAAAUCUAGCUUUAUGUGUAUAAACAGUUCUAUCUUUGAUGUGGAUAUCAGUUCUAUUAUACUCCCCGGCUGCUUGUGGAAGAAUCCACAAUUUGGUCUUGGAUGUAGAUAUCAAUUCUAUUGUAUACUUUUCUUCUGCCUGUGGGAGUAAAUAUCUUCGAGUUCCUGGAUCCCCAUUAUAUGA